AUGUACCGCGUGGAUUACUGCGACCGUACUUUUGAACCAGUUCGGAGCCUGUCAACCCGAUUUGUACACCCUCUUCCCGCCUCGCCUAACCCUGCUUAUUUCGAAGCAGCCGUUCCGUACAAGAAGAUAUACAUACUCCUCCGCACCAUCUCGCGCUGUCAGAUCGAAAAACUGACCUCGCUUCGCCUGAUGAUCAAGAGGUGGCGAGCAUUGGUCGGCCGUUGCUGUCUGGUUGCAGGUCUACUCCUACUACGCCAUGCAACUCAAGAGGUAUAUUGCCACACUUGCGCCUGCUUCCCCGAGACGAGUUGCUUUUGGCGCCGUUGGAUUGUCCGCAAUCGGUGCAGGUUGACAAAAUUUCUUCAGUUUCUGCCGCGCCAGCUGGCCGCAAUACUGGUGAUAGACCAGCAUCGCACUGGAUUCGACUUAUUGGUGGAAGAUGACGGCAUGAAAUAUGCGUCACGAUUGGAGGGUGCGUUAUACGAGACCUCUGUGCACUGGUUCCAGAUGCGCCGAAGAAGUCCUUGCUUUCUAGAGGACAACGAGCAUGGGCACUACAAAGGAAAGAGUCUGUGA